AUUAAAACUUUUCAAGCAUUUCGUCUCUUUGCCUUUUAAUAAUGUGCUUUAAAAGCAUGGUUGUUUACUUGUUUUGAGCUUUAUAUAGCAUAGUUUUGGAGUCUAGUGGUUGAAUUGGUGCGUGUUAGUAUUUGGCAUCUGUGUUUUCUUUUCCAUAUCAUUUUACAUAUCCUCUGCUGGAGGUGCUCCAGUUUGUAAAACCAUUGCACUCUACGAUGGUUUUAUUAAUCCUCUGCUUCUUUGCUGAGUAAAUGAAGUAAGAGAUUUAAGAUUUGAAAUCUUAUAUCUUAGUGGAAAAAGAAAGUCUUCGAUCCUUUCUGAAAGCCUCUGUCGCGUAAUGGAAUCUGAAAAUGGGGUUACCGUGAAGGACGAGAGUUCUGUUAUUGAGAGAAAAUAUGUGGAAGAAUCAGUUGUGGGUUUGAAGAGAGAGGGUGAGGAUGGUGGUAACGGUGAAGUUCCCACCAUGAAUGGAAAAUCCGAACCAGCCACAAAAAUCAAAAGCCUUAAAUCUUCUGGAGUGGUGGUCAAAGCCUCUGCAAUGGUUCCUGCAAGUAAAACUUCAAAAUCCAUAAAGGAACCCGGAAAUCUGCAUGGUGGCUCCCCAAAGAACAAUAGAUUAGGAAAGGAUAAACCCAAUCCGAUAGCCACAACUACAUUUUCACGUAGUCAGAGAUCAAUCCUUACACAGAGUCUUUCCUUCCCAUCAAGAGGGGUUUGUACUGAUGUUAUGAACAAGAGCAUCGAGGUGUACCCAGUGAAAAGAGAUCAAGCCAAACACGCUCAAAGACAAGGGACUAAAUCCCAAGCCUCAAGUGGAACAGUCACCAAUACAAUGAGUGGAACACCUGGUCGGCGGACUUCUUUAGCAUCCAUGCCUAGCAUUAGACGCACUGUGCCUGGGAAGUAUGCUUCAUUGAAUGCAUCUAUUAACUGUCCUCCUACUGAAGAAUCCCUAUCAGUUAAUCCAAAUUUGAAAGAGGAUGAUGAGGCUCGUUCCACUACUUCAAGUGCUACUCCACGCAGGACUCCUUGUGAACGGAGGAGCAGUGGUUCAGGAUUUUCCUUCAGAUUGGACGAACGAGCUGAAAAACGAAGGGAGUUCUUUUCAAAACUUGAAGAGAAAAUUCAGGCAAAAGAAGUGGAAAAAACUAACUUGCAAGCAAAAUCAAAGGAAAACCAGGAGGCAGAGAUCAAGCAACUGAGAAAAAGCCUGACAUUUAAAGCUACACCCAUGCCCACUUUCUACAGAGAGCCUCCUCCAAGAACUGAACUGAAGAAGAUACCAACCACACGCGCAAUAUCUCCAAAGCUUGGAAGGCAAAAGAGCUCUGUGACCGUGACAAACAACUCUUCAGAAGGUGAUGGGCCUGGCCUUAGCCCUCGUCUGAACCCAUCUCCAAAGCUCAAGAAUUCUGUUACUGCAAACAACUCUUCAGAAGGUAGUGCAUCUUGUUGUGGUCCACAUCUUAACCGAGAACAUAGUAAUUCAAAUAAAGGGUUACGGGCAGAAUCUGAUAAAAAUGUUGUUGCUUCAAAGAAGACCAUCAGGAAGUCCCAAACCAGGCUUCAUGCCCAGGAAAUUGUAGUCGCUAAAACUGAAAGAAAGCCUGCCAACUCUAAAACAGAGGACCCUGGAGAAGAGACCCAAAACCAGAAAGAAUGCAGAGUAGAAGGUGAAGAAAGCCAGAAUCAGUUCACGCGUCUUUCAGAAUGCCCGGAUGAGAUAGACCCAGAGUCUGGAAAGGAUACUGCCCAGAAUACCGCACCGGUUCUUAAUUCAUCUACCCUUGAGAUUAUGCCUCAUGAAGUAACUGUCGGAGGUUAAAGACAUAAAUCUUGGACCUUGUAUUUUUAUAGGUAUAAAAAUUUGAAUAAUUCUACAUACAGUCGUGGAGUGUGUAAACGUCGCGUAAUCACUUUGAAAAAUAGUGGGAUCCACAAUUAAAAAAAUUAGUUUUUUUUUAUGUGGAUUUCGUAUUAAUUCACUUUUUUCAAAAAAAUUGUGCGACGCUUAUACAACCACAACUGUAAAUAUUAUUUCUCUAAAAAUUUUAAGUUCCUUUUGACUUUUAAAAAAGAAGAGAGUUUGAUGUUGUUGUGAAUAUGGUGGUUGCCAGUAAAUCAUGUAAUUCGAAUAUUUUUAUCUACAGGUUAAUGUAAUUGUGCUUGUCUAUCGUUGUUAUAUUAUUGCUA